CUGUGGUUAGUGGUGGAUACAUUUGUGUAGAGAAAUAAACAGCUCUCAGCAGAAACAGACCCAAACAGGUCUGUGUCAGAGCACUUCUACUGCCUCGGCCUCCUGCAGACAUGUGUGUGAAAUAGAAGUGAAACCAAAAGAGUGAGUCUCACUUCUCCUUCUGUGGGGAACUUCAGCCUCUAUCCGCCUCCGAGCCUCGUCUGGAGUGACUCGAGGGUCUGACAGGAAGAGGAAGCAUCUGCCGGCCAGGAGAACCCGGCGAGACCCAACACUCAGCUCAGAGUUUUCUGCUACGAUGUGUGUUACGCGCCGCCCUCCGCAGCCCCAGGUGAUCAUUAUAGCUUUGCUAAUGAUGGCGUCUCUCAGCUGCGUGGCGUCUGAGAAGAAGACCUCCUGCUUCGUGAGGGACGACUACGCCGACUGCAGCCGUCUGAGUCUCAAGGCCGUCCCCGCCGACCUUCCCAGGAGCAUCAGGGGCUUGGACAUGUCCCACAACAGGCUGCUGGAGGUCCCCAUCUUCUCGCUGAGGCCGUACUCUCGCCUGAGUCGCCUGGACAUCAGCUACAACUCCAUCACCAAGGUGAACCGGAGUUUGUGUGAGUUGCUGCCGCUGCUGCAAACGCUGAAUGUGAAUCACAACGAGCUUCACGUUCUGGUGAAAGAGGAUAUGGGCUCCUGCAGCCGGCUGAUCUCCUUUCACGUCGCUGGAAACAGACUGAAACUAAAAGUAGAACCCUUUGCUGCUUUACAGAACCUUCAGUUCCUCGAUGUUUCGAACAACAACCUGCAGACGGCCAAAUUGGGUUCGCACCCACAACUACCGAAUCUGGUCAAGUUGAAUUUGGGAUUCAACAGCUUUGUCCAGCUAAAUCGAGACGACUUCAACUUCCUGAACCAUUCGUCUUCCCUGCAAGUCCUCAACAUGUCGUCGGUGCCGUUAAAAAGGAUGGAGCCCGGCUGCUUCCUGCCCAUCCGAGGCUUUGGGACCUUGAUAAUGGACGGGAGCAAUUUGGGCCCCCAGGCUGUGCCCAAAUUGUGCUCCGAGUUGUCAGGAACCAAGGUCACAGCUCUGUCGCUACGACGACUGAAGCUGGUCACGCUCAGCACUGAUACCUUAAUGGGCCUUGAGAAGACUGACGUGACAUUUCUAGAUCUAUCUGGAAACGGCAUGGGCAAAAUUGAAAAUGGUUCCUUUCGAUGGCUUUCCAAGUUGCAACAGCUUAUUCUGGAGGAGAACAACCUGAAGCACCUGACCAGGGACACAUUCCGAGGGCUGAGAAGUUUGAAAGCGCUAAACUUGAAGAGAGCGCUGACAAAAAGCCGCUCAUCUGCCACUCCGAUUAUUGACGAUUUUUCUUUCCAAGUUUUGACAGAACUUGAGAGUCUGGAUAUGCGGUCAACCUCGAUCCGGGAGAUCACUGCGAACACGUUUACCGGCCUCAGGAGUCUGACAGAGCUCGACUUGAGUUGGAGCAGCUGCCAAUCCUUGAAACAUCUCAACAACAGGACCUGGGCGUCACUAGCAGGAUCACCUCUCGGGACUCUAAAUCUGACGGGAACGGCUCUGGUGCGGAUUGAUCCCGGAGCUUUCUCACAUCUGAAGAACCUCACUUCCCUCUUUCUAGAUUUCAAUUACGUGAGGCAAACCCUGACUGGAUGGGAGUUGGAGGGCUUAGAAAGUAUACGAGACAUCCACUGGUCAAACAACAACCAGGGAAUCACGCUAACGUCAAAGUCUUUCAUCUUCGUACCGAGUCUCCGGGCACUGAUUCUAGGUAAAAGCCUCACUGUCUCAGCCUUGAACCUGGAGCCAUCCCCGUUUAAACCCCUGUCCAACCUAAUGGUCUUGGAUCUGAGCAACAACAACAUUGCUAACUUGAGAAUGAGCAUUUUCGAAGGACUUGCUGAUCUGAGGGUGCUGAAGCUAGCGCAUAAUAACUUAGCCAGGUUGUGGAAGGACGCCAACAUUGGUGGACCGGUGUUGUUCUUGAAGGGGUUGAACAAGCUGUUGAGUUUAGAGUUGGACAGCAACGGCAUGGAUGAGAUCCCCACGCGCGCCCUGGAGGGCCUGACUAACCUCCGUGAGCUUACCAUGGGCAACAACGUUCUCAACAACCUGCGAGACUCUGUCUUCGACAGCUUGAGCUCACUGAGGGUUUUGCACAUGCAGAAAAACUCCCUCACCGCUGUCCGCCGCCAAGUCUUCCAAAAAGUAAUGAGCAACCUGAGCUUGCUCGUCAUGGGGCGCAAUCCGUUCGACUGCACGUGUGAGAGCAUUUCGUGGUUCGGGAACUGGUUAAACACCACGAACACCACCACUGUUCCGGGGCUGCGGGACCAAUACAUCUGCAACACCCCGCUGUCGUACUUUAACCGCUCAAUCUUGGAUUUUGACCCGCUUUCUUGCAAAGACAUGACUCCGUUUGAAGCGCUUUUCGUCCUGAGCAGCGCGUCGGUCAUCAUGCUCAUGUUCACUACUUUACUAGUCCGUUUCCAAGGCUGGAGAAUUCAGUUUUACUGGAACGUUUUGAUCAAUCGUACCUUAGGAUUUAGCGACGCUACGGGACAGGAGGGCAGGGAGUUUGAAUAUGACGCUUACGUCAUUCACGCGGAGGAAGACACCGACUGGGUGGAGAGGCUGAUGGUCCCGAUGGAGAAGGGAAACUGUAGGUUUUGUUUUGAGGAUCGGGAUUCAGUUCCUGGCAUGUCUCAGCUGGAAUCCAUUGUGGACAAUAUAAGACGCUGCAGGAAAAUCCUCUUCAUCAUCACAGAGAGUCUUCUGCGGGACCCCUGGUGCCGUCGAUUCACCGCCCAUCACGCACUUCACCAGGUCAUCGAAGCCAACAGGGACUCCGUGGUUCUGGUCUUCCUGCAGGACGUCCACGACUACAAACUCUCUCGUUCGAUUUUUCUUCGGAGGGGAAUGCUGCGUUCAAGCUGCGUCCUGGACUGGCCCGUCCACAGGGAGAGAAUCCCGGCCUUCCACCAGAAGCUCCGGAUCGCGCUCAGCCUGACCAACAAAAUACACAACUAGCCAUUUCAUGUGAAAAACACACUCUAAUACUUCACACCUGGGCCCCGAGAGAACGUCAACAUUUGCUUUGACUGAAAACCGCUUGCUUAAUCUUUUGUUUUUUUCACUUAAUCUGGUUAAAUGAAAGUAUUUUCAACUAUGGUUUAUACAUUUUAUUGCAAAUAAAUAUCGUUGAUGGUGCAACAAAUGUUUCACGAUACAAACAAGGAAACAGUUAACACCAUCAGAUAGGUUACUUUACCUUCUCAUGGUUUCACUGCAACACGUUUUUUUUCCUUUACAAUAGCGGCAUCUUGCGGUCACAAAAAGAACUACAUAGAGGCUGACAUUCCAGUCAUGACAGCAGUGAUGAUUCUCAACCAUAGGGCCGAGUCCCAUGGAUGGGCCGCGAGCGCCUCCUAGAGGGCCACUAUUUACUUGACAGCAGCAAGCAGUUACCAACUAUGGAGAAGUUUUGAAAAGAAAAAAUGAUAAAGAAAGUGGUGCCACAUCCACAUGAGUAAAAACUCUUCAUGGAAGCACCUGUCGAAGCAGUUUUUAAAAUAA